UCACCACCCUGCUUUCUCUGCCUUCCCAAAAAAAGUCAUUCCAUUUCUGUUUUUUGUUUCUUCCCCGGAAAUCCUGCCUACUCCCACCUCCACUCCCAAGGCAGGUCUUUUAUUUCUCCCGCAGAGCCACGCCGGGAGUCUUCAGCCUAGCCCGAGUCCAGCACACACGACUGCCUCCUGCACCUAACGCCAAAGGCGCCUCUCUGAUCCAUUUCUUUUUAAAGCAAAACAAAAAAAAGUUCGCAAGAUCAUGGAUGCCCUCAAGAAGAAGAUGCAAAUGUUGAAACUGGAAAAAGAAAAUGCCAUGGACAAGGCGGACCAGGCAGAAUUUGAGAAGAAGGCGACUGAAGACAGGUGUAAUCAGCUGGAAGAAGAAGUCAGCAACUUGCAACGAAAGCAAAAAGCCAUUGAAGACGAGGCUGACAAAUACUCUGAAUCCUUGCGAGAGGUUCAAGCAAAGCUGGACAAUGCAGAAAGAAGGCCUACAGAGGCGGAAGCUGAUGUAUCCUCCUUGAAUAGGCGUAUCCAGCUGGUUGAGGAAGAGUUGGAUCGUGCUCAGGAACGUCUGGCUACUGCCCUGCAAAAACUAGAUGAAGCUGAAAAAUCCGCAGAUGAAAGUGAACGGGGAAUGAAGGUCGUGGAGAGUAAAGUCUUAAAAGCGGAAGAGAUAAUGGAAAUGCAAGAGAUGCAGCUGAAGGAAGCUAAACAUAUUGCCGAGGAAGCAGACCGCAAAUAUGAAGAGGUAGCACGGAAACUUAUCAUCCUUGAAAGUGAGCAGGAGCGAACUGAGGAGCGGGCUGAGCACUCGGAAAGUCGGGGCCGGCAUAUGGACGAGGAACUUAAAGUAAUGGACCAAAGCUUGAAAUCGUUAAUGGCCUCAGAGGAAGAGUAUGCUUCAAAAGAAGAUAAAUAUGAAGAAGAAAUCAAGCUGUUAACAGAUAAGCUAAAAGAGGCUGAAACGAGGGCUGAGUUUGCUGAAAGAUCUGUAGCAAAAUUGGAGAAGGCAAUUGAUGAAUUGGAAGACAAACUGGCCCGGGCCAAAGAAGAGAAUGUGGGCAUUCAUCAGGUGCUUGAGCAGACUCUAGUGGAUCUGAGCCACUUAUAAUAGUUGGGGGAAAAAAAAUAAAAAAAGCUUUUACAUGCCACGAGUGCCCAUGGUAUAACAUCUUCUGUGUAAGCACUGAAAACCACCAGCCAAAGUGUGACACACAACAUGGGGAUUAGAACAACAAAAUAAUAUAGGCUCAGCAUUUGUCUUGAAACCAAUAAAUUGCAAGGGGAAAAUCUUUCUUUUAAAACUUUAACCGCAGUGUGGGAACGGUUUUUCUUGUUGACUGUCCUGCCCUCUCCACCACAAUAAAUGGAGAGAUUUUGACACUUAUGCCAUAGAUGUAGUUGUUAUAACUGUAUUUGCUUUUACUUUCAAAUCUCUGUUUGAUGGCUUCCAUUCUUCACAAGCUUUUUUUUUUGUGUGCUAAAUGUAUUGGUGAAACAAACUAUUGCCAUAAAUGCAUUUAAGAGUAUUUGACAAGAUGCUGGAUAACACAAAUAAAAUUGAAAAGAAUGCACACCACUUUCUUUUCCAGCCCACUCCACCCCCUCCUGAGUUUUAAUCUGCUGCAAUUCAGAAAUCUGAGAUAUUUUCAAAUUUGUUAAUUAGUAGUGGUUUGUGCCUCAUUAGCACACAUGAAAAAGUCAAAGCUUGUAAAGAUGUGGCAAGGCCUGGUUUCUGAUAUCGGGACCACACUGGUAAUUAUUGGCAAAUGUUGUUAAUGUAUCAUACUGACCCAAGGUUACUGCUUGUAGACAAUAAAACUGUCACUAGAUAUUGCUAAUGGAAAGUCUAUUGACUUACAUUUUUAAAUCAAUGGAGAUGCCACCAUGACAUUGUAAACCUUUUAUAUCAUAAAUAGUUGGAAUUGUGAAAAUAUGUACAUUUUUGACAUAGAUUUAAAUUUUGAGCACAGAUGGAGUUUUAACAACCAUUUGCUCUUCUGUGAUGCAACAGUUUCUUCUCCCUAUGAAUGUCCUUGGAAUUCCACUUUAUCCUAUGCAAUUAUGUGUAAGCUCAUUAUUUGUACGGUUUAUUAAACUUUGGAAUAAAAUUAUCUCAAGUA